AUGUGGAUCCAGGUGCGCACCAUGGAUGGCAAGGAGACCCACCGGGUGGAUUCGCUCUCCAAACUCACCAAGGUGGAGGAGCUGCGGCUGAGGAUACACGAAGUGUUCGGCGAGGGCGUGGAACCCGACAGGCAGAGGCUCUUCUACCGGGGCAAACAGAUGGAAGAUGGUCACUCCCUCUUUGACUACAAUGUUGGAUUGAAUGAUAUUGUUCAGCUACUUGUAAGACAAAGCCCUGCUAUGCUUCCUACGGUUAAUAAAGAAAAGGACUCUGAACUCUCAGAUACAGACUCUGGCUGCGGUUCAGGCCAGAGUGAGUCUGAUAAGAACUCCAACAAUGGCGAGGGUACAAUAGAGUUGGAGUGUCAGCCUAGUACAGUAGCACAGGCUGACUGGGUUGAUCCAGGAUUUGGACUCUAUAAGAUCAACGAGUUUGUAGAUGCUCGGGAUAUGAACAUGGGAGCAUGGUUUGAAGCCCAGAUUGUAAAUGUGACCAGGAAAGAGAAGGCAGCAAAUGAAUCAAGUGAUAGUGAUACAGAGUCUGAACUGCAAUCAACUGCUGCUGAAGAAGAUAUCCUAUAUCAUGUGAAAUAUGAAGACUACCCAGAGAAUGGAGUUGUAGAACUGAGUUCAAAAGAUGUACGUACUCGAGCACGGACUGUUUUGAAGUGGCACCAACUAGAAGUAGGGGAAGUGGUGAUGGUCAACUAUAAUCCCGAUGAACCAAAAGAGAGAGGUUUUUGGUAUGAUGCAGAGAUUCUGCGAAAACGGGAAACCAGAAUGAACAAGGAGAUGUAUGCAAAGAUACUGCUUGGGGAUGCUGGUGAUUCCUUGAAUGACUGUAGAAUUAUCUUUGUGGAUGAAAUUUACAAAAUUGAAGAACCUGGCAGUGUUAGUCCAGCUAGCACCAGCCCGUUAAAAAGUGAUGGACCAGUGUGUAAACAUUGUAAAGACAACCCAAACAAGACCUGCAGGAUGUGUGCCUGUCAUGUGUGUGGAGGUAAACAGGAUCCAGAUAAACAGCUAAUGUGUGAUGAGUGUGACAUGGCUUUCCACAUCUACUGCCUCAACCCUCCCCUUAGUAGCAUACCAGAUGAUGAGGACUGGUAUUGCCCUGAAUGUCGGAAUGAUGCAAGUGAAGUGGUUUUAGCAGGAGAGAAGUUAAAAGAAAGUAAAAAGAAGGCAAAGAUGGCAUCUGCUAAUUCAUCCUCUCAGAGAGACUGGGGCAAGGGUAUGGCAUGUGUGGGUCGCACGAGGGAAUGUACCAUUGUCCCCUCUAACCACUAUGGACCAAUUCCUGGGGUUCCAGUUGGCACCAUGUGGAAAUUCAGAGUCCAGGUGAGUGAAUCUGGUGUUCACAGGCCCCAUGUAGCAGGUAUACAUGGCAGGAGCAAUGAUGGUGCUUACUCCCUGGUCCUGGCAGGAGGUUAUGAAGAUGAUAUAGAUCAUGGAAAUUCUUUCACUUACACGGGGAGUGGAGGUCGUGAUCUUUCUGGAAACAAACGUACGGCGGAACAAUCUUGUGAUCAAAAACUCACCAACAUGAACAGAGCUCUGGCUCUGAACUGCAGUGCCCCCAUCAAUGAUAAAGAUGGAGCAGAGGCCAAGGAUUGGAGAGCUGGGAAGCCAGUCAGAGUGGUGAGGAAUGUAAAGGGAGGCAAACACAGCAAAUAUGCUCCCCGAGAGGGAAACCGAUAUGAUGGAAUAUACAAGGUUGUGAAAUAUUGGCCUGAGACUGGGAAAUCUGGCUUUUUAGUGUGGCGUUACCUACUUAGGAGGGAUGAUGAGGAGCCUGCCCCCUGGACCAAGGAAGGGAAGGACAGGAUGAAAAAGCUUGGCCUAACAAUGCAGUAUCCCGAGGGGUAUUUGGAAGCUGUUGCAAACAAAGAUAAGGAGAAAGAAAAUAAGAGAGGUGAUGAAGAGUGUGAAACACCAGGGAAGGGAAAGAGGAAAAGGAAAUCAGCAGGUGAUGAGAUAAAGCUCCCCACCUCUCCUAGAGGGACUCCAAAAAAGACUAAAGUUGAGCCGUACAAGCUGACAUCCCAGCAAAAGGCCCUUAUUAAAGAUGAUGAAUCCAAUGAAAAACUAUGGAAUGAAGUACUAGAAGCUCUCAAGGAUGGACCGAAAUUCCUGAAUAAAGUGGAAGAAACCUUCCUGUGUAUUUGCUGUCAGGAGGUGGUAUUUCGGCCAGUCACAACAGUGUGCCAGCAUAAUGUGUGCAAGGAUUGUUUGGAUCGAUCCUUUAGAGCAGACGUGUAUAGUUGUCCAGCUUGUCGCUAUGAUCUUGGCAAAAACUAUACUAUGCAGGUGAACGAAACGCUGCAGGCCCUUCUAACUCAGCUCUUCCCUGGUUAUGGCAAUGGACGAUGA